AAUCAAAUCAAAAGUCAAACAACCAACUACUAUAGUUAAAAAAACACCAGAUUGUAAAUACUAGAUUUUUUUUGAAAGCUACCGUGCAAGUUAAUCAUUUCCUGCACAUUCCACUAUGUCAUGCAUGAUGCCACCAUCAUCUUUUAUAUAUCUACGUUAUAUUCAACUAAAAUUAAUCAUCACCUGUCCUUCAAAGUUCAAACCAUUCCCACUACAAGUCUGCUUCCUCUUUCCUCUUCUUCCCACCAUCAUCUUCUAGCUCCAAGAGCUUCCUAAAACCUUCCCAAUGGCUACUACCACCCAAGAAGAACAAACACAAACAAAACCACACAUACUAAUAAUACCAUACCCAGCUCAAGGUCACAUGCUCCCUCUCCUAGACUUCACUCACCAACUCUCCCUCCAAAACCUAACCAUCACCAUCCUCACUACCCCAAAGAACCUCCCUCUCCUCUCCCACCUCUUGUCCCUCUCCCCUUCCAUCCAAACUCUCAUCCUCCCUUUCCCUUCCCACCCUUCCAUCCCUCCCAACAUUGAAAACACCAAAAACCUCCCAUCUUCCUUGUUCAUCCCUAUGACCCAUGUCCUCUCUCUUCUCUACUCCCCUCUUCUCCACUGGUUCAAAUCCACUCAUAACCCUCCCAACUUCAUCAUCUCCGACUUCUUUCUCGGCUGGACUCAACAUCUCGCCGAACAACUAUCCAUUCCUCGCAUCGUCUUCUCCCCAUCUGGUGCUUUCACUCUCUCCACCCUCUACUCUCUCUGGACUUCCAUGCCUAAAAACCCUAACCCUGAUAACCCACGUUUCCCUCACUCGUUUCCCAAUAUUCCCGAUUCCCCUACGUUUCCCUGGAACCACCUCUCUACCUUGUUCCGCAGCUUCAAAGAAGGUGACCCCGUUUCCCACUCGAUUCGCGACGGGUUUCUCGGUAACAUUGAGAGUUGGGGACUCGUUUUCAACUCGUUCGACUCGCUCGAAUCACGUUAUCUUCAACACUUGAAGGAUGAACUCGGUCACGUGCGUGUCUGGGCUGUGGGCCCACUCACCGCUGCUGGUAGUACACGUGCGGAUAAGGCCGAUGACCGACUUAUCCGAUGGCUUGACACGUGUCAGUCGAGGAGGUCGGUGGUGUACGUGUGUUUCGGCAGCCAGGCGGAGCUGACGUGGCAGCAGUUGGAAGCGGUGGGGAUGGGGUUGGAGAGAAGUGGGGCCCGGUUUGUUUGGUGCGUGAGGGACACGUCAGCGGUCCCGGAUGAGGAGUUCGAAAUGAGGGUGCGUGGGAGAGGGGUUGUUAUUAGAGGAUGGGCCCCACAGGUGGAGUUGCUGAGUCAUCGGGCGGUAGGAUCGUUCUUGACUCACUGCGGGUGGAACUCGGUGUUGGAAGCGGUGGCGUCGGGGGUGGUGAUGCUGACGUGGCCGUUCGGGGCGGAUCAGUUCGUCGGAGCGAGGUUGAUGAGUGAGGCUGGGGUGGCGGUGAGGGUUUGUGAGGGGAGUGACUCGGUGCCGGACCCGGACGAGUUGGGGAGGAUUUUGGCUGAGUCGGUUGGGACGAGUGAGGUGAGUCGAGAGAGGAGGAAGAGGGCGGUGGAGCUUAGAGAGAAGGCUUUGAUGGCGGUGAAAGAAGGAGGGAGUUCGUUUAGGGAUUUGCAAGGGUUUGUUAAAGCUCUUUGGGAGGUUCAUGAGGAGAAGUUGAAGAUAAAUAAGGUUGUUGAGAGAGAUAGAGAGAUGAAUGGGGGUAGUUAGGGGUUGUAUACUUAUUUUGUAAUUAAUAAUAAUUUUUAUAUAUGUUUUGAAUU